AUGUUUCAAUACGAUUGUUAUCGUUCAAAAAGGUUACACAGACGUAACAGUGGUUCAGAUAACGAUGAUAGUGAUGCCAAUAAUCGAGACCCAGGUCGAGAAGUGAUUGAAAAAAAUACUCGAAACCGUUUACAACGUACUGCUAAUCAAACAAAAGAAGAAUUAGACAUAGUACUCAAACGUGUUGAUGAUACAUUAAAUAAUUAUGAAUCUUCUGUUAAAUCAUCUUUAAUUCAACAUGGAAUGACACAUGAUGAUGCAUCAAAUAUUGAGCACGUUGCUGAUAUAAAAGAAUUAGAAAAUUUAUUAAAUGAUAGUUUAGCUAAAAAACGAUAUCAACAACGUUUAAUGAUUUUUAUUGUCGGACAAACAGAACAAUUAGAUGAAAAAACAAAACUACUUCAACAAAUUGGCCAAUUUUUUAAUGAACAAAAACAAAAUUUUAGUUCAAAAGAAUUUAAUAUUUCUGAUGAAAUAAAUGAAACACAAAAUGAAAUUGAUCAAACACUUAAAUCAUUUGAUGCUAAAGAUUGCUAUGUUCAUGUUAGAGAAUUAGGUACACGAUUAAAUGAACUUAAUGAAGAAAUUAUUGAAUAUUUAAUUCAAAAUGCUGCAGCUAAACAACAAACAAAAGGAAAAAAGAAAUCAGCUCAAGCUACAAAAGAAACUAAAGAACAAUUAACUAAUCUUCAAACAAAAUUAGACACAGCAAAUACAGAAGUCAUAAAUAGAGAUGAAAAAAUUCAAUUAUUAGAAGAUGAAAUCAGUACCAUACGCAAUGAAAUACAAACAAAUCAAGAUAAUCAAAAAAUAUUACACGAUCAAUUAAUUCAAUAUGAAUUAGAAAUUAAAUCUUAUAUAGAUCAUAUUCAUGAAUUAGAAAAUAAUAUUGAACAAUAUAAACAUCAGAUAGAUGAUUUAACAAAAAUUAAAUCAGUUACUCAUCGCAUUGAUGCAAAUGUAAGUAUUUAA